AUGACAAUUUAUUAUCAAGCCAUAUCAUCACUUUCUCAGGUGGACCAGGCGAGUAUCAAGACAAUUGUCGCUGAAUCGCCAUUCAGUACGAUCCUGCAGGAGUUUCCGGAUAUUACUCGUUUUCCUGGACUUCCGAGACUGGUAAAAUAUUCCACACAGCAUCACAUAGUUACCACCGAGGGCCCUCCGGUUUCAUCUCGACCACGGAGACUAGCACCGCAAAAACUCUUAGCGGCUAAGAAAGAGUUCGAGGAAAUGGUAUCCUGUGGUACAGCUCGUCCUUCAAACAGCCCCUGGGCGUCACCACUUCACAUGGCGCGAAAAGGGCAGGACGGGUGGCGACCUUGUGGCGAUUAUCGUGCUGUAAAUGCCAGGACUAUCCCGGACCGCUAUCCGGUCCACCACAUAGCUUAUUUUAGUCAGAACCUUGUAGGAUCGUCUAUUUUCAGCAAAAUCGAUUUGGUCAAGGCUUACCAGCAAAUUCCCGUCCAUGAGGGUGAUAUCUGCUAA